AGAUAUUACUACAAGAUAGAGCAAGUAGAAGACCCCUUUCAAAGUUUCAAUACCUUGAUUUUUGAUGACAUGACGCGGUGUCAACUAUAACUCAUGCACUUUUGUAUUCCUUAUCACUUGAAUUUACGCUAGUUGCAGACUUGCAGCUACUUCUCAUGCACUUUUGUCGGUUAAACAUGUGGAUAUGUAUGCGCAUCAGAUUCUCAGCCCUGGAUUUAUCCCUGGCUAACCGAACAAUCAAAUAGGAGCAAGGGGACAGGGAAUGAGUGACAGCUAGGAGAUCAACUAAUUCCAGGCCUGGAUUGAUUUCUCUUCUGGAUUGGAUCCCCAGCUGCCGAACAAGGCCUUAGUCUUCCAUGAAGUGGAUCUAGUGGGGCGAGACUGGAUUUCGGCCCCGCGCGGUCUCGGCCUCCGGUCGCCGCCGCUGUCUCUCGUUCAUGCUGGGUUUUCUUGCCGGUACGCAUCACCGUCCUCCACAGCUUCUCAUAUUCCGCGAUCAAGUUGUUUUCAGCAACUUUGUGUUCCACGGCGCUGGGAAGGAACAAUAGACGGACCUUUUUUUUAGUGUCAAGACUCAAGAGUGGAACCGAGUUUGGAGUUCGAUUUGGACUCUGACACUCAGCGGUGGACUCCUCCUCAGACCUCAAGCCUCUCAGGGCUGCGAUCCAUGGAGGGUAUGCCAGAAGAGAAGUGCUCCCUGGCCGCCGUAGCCGCGGAGCUGGCGCAGAUACAUGAUAUGGCGAAGCAGCUCGUGGAGCAGGUUGCGGAUCCGCAGCAGGGAGGGGGAGACGGCGAUGCGGCGGCCGGAGGAGGGUACCAGCGGGUCCGGGAGCUGACGAGCACCAUAUGCGCCAACGUAGACAAGGCCCUGCACAUGCUCACGUCCAACAGCUUGGACGGAAGUCCGGCCGCGGGGCAACCGGAAUCGACGCCGUCGUCAGGUGGGCAUGGCAGCUCGCGCGGCGCCGUGUUGGACUCGGACCAGGCCGGUGGCGGCACCGGCAAUGCGCCCGGCCAGGGCAAGGACAGGAAGACACUGUCCAAAUGGAGCACCCAAGUGAGGGUGAGCAACGCGCAGGACGCCACCUACCUCGACGACGGCUUCAUCUGGAGGAAGUACGGGCAGAAGGACAUCCUCGGCGCCAAGCACCCAAGAGGCUACUACCGGUGCACGCACCGGCACAUGCAGGGCUGUCUGGCCACCAAGCAGAUUCAACGCACAGAUGGCGACCCGCUGCUCCUAGACGUCGUGUACAUCGGCUCCCACACGUGCACCCAGCCUUGGGGCGCCGCCGCGCACCCCAACAUCCAGAGCAUGCUGCCGACCACGGAGCAGACGACCACCUCAGGGUCCGAAUCAGGGUCCGUGCUUACCAGCGAAAUUCCUGGAUCGAUGGCAUCGAGAAAAAGAGACACGGGAGGCGAGACUCGCCUUUCAAAAACCAUGAUUGAGGAGCCACAUUCUACUCCCUAUAAGGAUGUAAUGGCAUGGUUUUCUAUGGGAAAACUAAGACAAAAAGGACGACUCAGUCAUACAUGUAUGCAACAGGCUGGUCAGGAACUCCUUGGCAGAGACGAUAUUAGACAACAGGUUAUGGAAAAAAUACUGUUGGAUAGGAAUGGCGUAAACAAUUGUACUGUCAUUUGCAUAUAUGGUUGGAGUGGUCUCGGCAAGACUUCACUGCUCCAUGCCCUUUACAAUGAUCAACAAUUGUUAGACGCCUUUGACAAAAGGAUAUGGAUACAGAUAUCUGAUAAAAUAGACAUAUCAAUGUUAUUCAGGAAGAUUGUUGAGUUUGCCAUGAAUGAGCAUUGCAGCAUUACAAACAUCGAUUUCCUUCGAGAACUGGUUGUGGAGGAAAUCACAGAUAAGAAAUUCUUGCUUUUCUUGGAUGAUGCAGACAUAGUAAACCAACAAUUUUGGACUACCUUACUAGAAGUUCUGAACACUGGUGCCAAAGGAAGUGUUGUUGUCAUGGCUACAAGGAGCUCUACUGUUGCUGCUGUUAGGAAUGUCGCAACACAUUCCUAUUCCUUAAAUCCUUUAUCUGAAGAAAACAACCUGAUGCUUCUUCAACAAUAUGCUGUUGUGGGUACUGAUAUCCAGAGCAAUCCUGAUUUAGCAUUGAUUGCCAAUAGGUUCAUUUCUAGGUUUAGAUAUAAUCUACUACACUUGAAGGCCAUUGGUGGCCUUCUGUGCCAUACAGAUACUUUUUCAGUAGAGAAGGAUAAGUUUGAAGGAAGUGUUAUGCCUUUAUGGAUUUGCCAUGAUGUUUUACCAGUCCAUCUGAAGAGGUGUCUUGCAUUAUGUUCCUUGUUCCCAGAAGGUUACAUCUUUGGUAAACAUCACAUGGUUCUCCUGUGGAUAUCUCAUGGUUGUGUUAGGCCAGUUGAAGGGUACGAACUUGAAGACGUUGGAGUUGAAUAUUUCAAUGAGUUGCUGUGUAGAUCGUUCUUUCAGUGCUCACCUGUUCACAGUGAUAAAAACGAAAUGUUUGUGAUGCACGAGCUUAUGUACAAGGUGGUAGAGUCUGUCUCUCCUGACAAAUAUUUCAAGUCCGAGGACCCCGUGAUCAGCAUACCUGAAAAUGUUUUUCACUGUUCUCUCAUUACCUCACAAUUUCAGACUGUUGAACUGAUGCACAGAAUGAAACAGUUGAAGCAUCUGCAGACAUUUAUGGUGGUGCAACCUGAGUGGAAACCGAACAACAUUUCUUUGCCUACAUUAAAUCUUGUAGGUUUGGAUGAUUUCUUUCUGAAAUUCACAUCCUUAGAGACACUGGAUCUGAGCCAUACUGAAACAGAAGAGCUUCCAGCAUCCAUUGCUGGCCUAAGAAACCUGCGGUACUUAUCUGUCAACAGCACAAACGUCAGGGCUCUUCCAUGUGAGCUGUGCAGCCUCAGCAAUCUGCAGACACUGGAAGCAAAACACUGCCGCUUCCUCACUGAGCUACCUAGAGACAUAAAGAUGCUGGUAAAGCUGCGCCAUCUUGAUCUGACGAAGGAACUGGGCUAUGUUGACUUGCCACAUGGAAUUGGAGAGCUCAUCGAACUGCAGACAUUGCCAGUCUUCCAUGUCAGUGGUGACUCCUCAUGUUGCUCCAUCAGUGAGCUGGGAAGCUUGCACAAUCUGAGGGGCUGCCUUUGGCUUUCCGGACUUGAAAGUGUGAAAACUGGCAGCAAGGCCAAGGAGGCUAACCUGAAGGACAAGCAUUGCCUAAACGACUUGACGCUGCAAUGGCACGACGAUGGCAUAGACAUCGAAGAUGAAGGCGAAGACUCAAAAGAUGUGGCCGAUGAGCAGGUCCUUGAAGGCCUCAAACCACAUGUAAACCUCCAAGUUCUCACCAUUAGAGGGUACGAAGGCAGGAGGUUUCCAGCUUGGAUGCAGGGUUCUUCUCCAUCCUUACCCAACCUGGUGACACUGACACUCGACAACUGCUGCAACUGCACCGAGUUCCCCACCAUCGUGCAGCUGCCAUCGCUCAAGUCCCUGAGCGUGCGAAAGAUGUACGACGUGCAACAGCUAAGCAGCCACACAGACACACAUGGCAAUGGCAGCACGGCCAAGUUCCCGUCGCUGGAGCUGCUGAACCUGUGGGAGAUGUACGGUCUAGAGGAGCUGUUCUCCAAAGAAUCUGAAGGGGACUGCCCUCGCCUCCGCAAGGUCUGCAUCAGCCGGUGCCCGGACCUGAGGAGGCUGCCCAGCGCUCGUUCUCUGACGGAGCUGGUUCUCCAUUGCGGCAAGCAGCUCCCUGACAUCUCGGAGCUCGCGUCGUUGGUGUCACUGAAGAUUGAAGGCUUCCACGGUACCAAGUCGUUCGGCUUGCCGGCAGCUGCGGCGCUGAGGAAGCUGGAGAUCAGGUCUUGCAAGGAGCUGGCGUCGGUGGACGGGCUGUCGGCGGUGCUGACCACCGUGCAGAGGCUUAAGAUAGCAGGGUGCCCCAAGCUCGUCUUGCCAGGAAGGAACCAGUAGCCUGCAGACGACCGGAACAUCCACAUUUUUGCUAGUGCUUGUUUGUGUUUUCUAUAUGGAUUUAUGGUACAUGUGACAAUUUCUGAGACUGGUCGUUUAGCAAAUGAAGUGAAAGAGUUGUUCCAGCUAAAAGAAAAAACAUUUUAAAUCUUUCAGAUAUAGGGGUGUUUAGAUGCUUUUGGAAUGGCAAAUUUGUCUUUAA